GGCUUUGACGAACCAGCAUUCGUGGCGCAGCUGCCCCAAGUCUAGAUCGGCAUUCGCACGUGGAUCUCUGUUCAUAACGGGUGUGCGCGCGCGCGCCCUUCAAAAACCGCGUGUUAUUAUAUACAAAUUAAAUAUUUUAUUGUAAUAUUUAUUAAUUAAUUUAUUUAUUCUAAAGUGUAUCCAACUAAAUAUUUAUUUAUUGUGAAAAUUACGAAGAGAUUUCGUAAGAAGCUUGUGAGUUUUAUUCUGAGUAAACGUUGGUGUAAUAUCCCAAGCUGCUGCUAAUUUUAUUCCUCUGUGCACUCGGAUUAUUGUUCUGUUGAACGUCUCUGGUGUAAAAUAGGAUCUUUCUAACGAAAUUUCGGCCCUAAGUAUUAGACAAAUUUAGGAAGUUCGUGCUCAGAUGACGGCUGUGAUACUUUGAGCUCAAAUAGUUGAUUAGUUUUACUCUUGUUUUGAAGGAGAAAACGCGGACCUGAAAGAGUUAAAGAAGUCUCGAGAAGUGGUUGAAGAAUUUUCAGAGUUAUAAAAUUAGGAAAAGUACAGUGUUUGCUGCAAAAAUGUUGAUGCCAGGUGCCACAGGAUUGAGUGCUGUUGGUGCAGCACCAGCAGGGCCGGAUGAGCUAGUGUCUAGUCUGGGUGCUCUAGCAGGCGUUACACCACAACAGAAAGAUACCACCUGGACAAAACUUUUCGUUGGUGGAUUACCAUACCAUACAACAGACAAGAGUUUAAGGGAGCAUUUCAACGUUUAUGGUGACAUUGAGGAGGCUGUUGUCAUCACAGACAGACAAACCGGCAAAAGUAGGGGAUAUGGAUUCGUAAUUAUGGGCGACAGACCGGCAGCUGAAAGAGCAUGCAAGGAUCCAAAUCCCAUAAUAGAUGGUCGGAAAGCAAACGUCAAUCUAGCAAUCUUGGGUGCUAAACCUCGUGGUAAUAUUCAAGCAACGUUUCCUUUUGCUGCUGGAAUUAGAGCUGGAUAUCCUGCGGUGUUACCAGGCCAGUAUGGAGUUCCACCGGGCUAUAUGUACCAAUCUCCAUACCUAACUGCUGCAGCACCUGGAGGCCUUGUGCAACUACCAGCAACACAGUUGAGCCAUGCAGCAGCUGUUGCCGCGGCAUCACAAUUCUACGAGUACCAGAACGCUGCGGCGGCUGCAGCCGCGGCCGCUGCGGCCGCCACGUAUCCCGGUACGUCAUCCUACAACUUUGCUGAAGCAGCCGCCUAUCCAUACACCAGUGCUGCCGCGGCCGCUAAUGCCGCUGCAGCAAGUUACGUAGGACCCUACACAUAUGCCACAUUGCCAGGUGCGGCAGCAUUACAAGGAGCAACUACGACGGGUGCAGCGUUCCCGGGAUUGCCCUACCAAACGACACCUCAAGAAGCAAGACUUCAAUAAGCCCUGCAAAAGUCUAACUCCUAACUUAGUGACGAAAUGAACGUCUGCUAAUCUAUUAUUAGAGCGAGCAAGAUAAAAGUGAGACAGAAAGAAUAAAAGAGAGCAAAAAAAAAAAAAAAAAAACGUAAAAAAGAAUGAGAGAAAGAAGACAAGAGUUAAAAAAGUAAAAAAGAAGUUGGUUUCAACUAUUCUCUCCCCUGCUGACUUAUUUCAAUGUCAGGAAACCUCGCAAGUUUUUUCCUCAUCGUUGAAGUUAUCGCACUUUUUCACACAUCUUAUAAACCUCUAUCUUCCUUAAUCUUCCCUUAGGAGCCAAAUGUGUAAGGAAUAUGAAAAAAGUAGGAAAAGUAAAGAAAGAAAAUGGAAAUGGGAGAAGAAAAAUGGCUCGCCUCGAUAAAAGUCAGCCAAUCGCCUCCAAAGAGUGUUAUACUUUUAGCGUUAUAACUAUUUAUGUCGAGAAUACUUUAGAGUACAGUAUCUUAAGGUGCGUGCGCCUGGGAUCUCGAAAUACUCAAGAGGCUCGAGAUCAAUCAGCUAAUAAAUAAUAAUGUAAUAUAAUAAUUAGAUAAAUGAGUUAUUAUAAUGAAUAAUUAAUUUAAAAAAUACUUAAUAACAAAUGAGAAACAAUCAAUGACUAAUAAUAAAAUUAAAAUAAAACUAGAAAAAAUUUCUAGGAGGUAGUCGAUCUAGAUGUAGAUAGUUUAAACGUUGUAUUUAAUUAUCUUCGAUAAUCGAAGACUAUUAUUAAUUAAUGACGGUUGAAAUACCAACAAGAGACAGUCGAAUUUAUAUUAUUUCCACUUGACAAUCACUAUAAAACUCAUCGAGAGUUUAUUGAUCCUUUUAUCGAUUCUUAAUGAAACAGGUGGCCUUAUUGAAUCUAUUAAAGUGUCUUUGAAUAGAGGCCUUGUUGUUUAAAAUGAUAUUACAGUAAAUAAAUAUUACCACGCUCAAA